AUGGGUAAUUCAUAAUAAAGACAUUAUGACAAUUAAUUGAACUGUCUUGUAGGUAUUAAUGUAAUUAUAGUAAUCAAGAUAUGUUAAAUAGAAUUAUCGAAUAUUCUUAAUAAGAGUUUUACUCUUUGUAUUUUAGACUAUAAAUAAAAGUGUAAUAAUCAAUUAAAUUCUUAUCAUAAUAUUAGAUUUCUUUAAAUCCAUAAUUUUAAUCAUUUUUAAUAUAUGUAUUAGAAUGAUUAUUAAAUUGUACUUAAUAAAUUGUGGUUUCAGUCCAUUUUUUAUUCUAGUUUCUUAUUUAUUAUAAAAUAGUCUGAAAAAUCUAUGAGAAAUAGGAUUAUUAUAACAUCUAAAAUAGAUGAUCUAAUUUCUAAUCUGAAGAAGACGGAGGAGACUCAACCUCCCCCUUACUUUAGGAAGCUAUCUUUGAAUCCAGAUACAUCUGUGGAGUCUCAAAUAAUGAGUCAUAUGAAAAUUAGAUUGGAUGAUGAUACGUUGCAGACAAAGUUUGUUCAGGAUAAGACGAGAUCCCUUGCAAACAAGAUUAAGCAGUUACAGAACUAGAAGAAAUUGAAGAAGGCACAAAUGCCUCAAGAGUAUGUCAGUUUUAUCAAUUCAAUCUAAGAAAACCUGAUACAAUAGCAAGAAACCAAGAUAAAUAAGAUACUAAAGAGACAGCAACAAUAUGAGGAAUAGAAUAGGAGUUUUUAUUAAUUUAGAAUAAGGGCUUUGGAAAGACAAUAAUAGCAGAUUGAAUAGAAGCACACGGAGUUGCCGAAAGAAUUCAAAUCAUUUUAUUAACCGAUAGAGGAAGCAUCUGCUAGUUUCAAUAAUAUGGAUUAGAGAAUAAGACAAUAGUUGUUUAAUCGAGGGAAGAGAAAGUUUUUUAGUUUUUGGAAUAAUAAUGCGAAUACUCCAAAUAAUUAUGGGAACACUCCAAGUAAUGGGCCAGAAAUGAUCGAAACUUAAUCCUAAUCCUUCUUCCAGAAACAGAAGAAGAGAGUCUCCAUCCAAAAUGCCCCGACUAUUAAAAUCAACCAGGUGGGAUGA